ACCCCACUGACAACACUGAACCUCACUGACAACACUGAAAUCCAAGUAUACCACGUCCCCCGCCACUCCACUGUUCAAGUAUACCAAAUCCACAUCUCUGUCCAAGUAUACCACGUCCACCACCACCCCUCUCUCCAAGUAUACCACAUCCACCGCCACCCCUCUGUCCGUAUACCAUGUCCACCACCACCCUUCUGUCCAAGUAUACCACAUCCACCACCACCCCUCUGUCCAAGUAUACCACAUCCACCCCCACCCCUGUGUCCAAGUAUACCCUGUCCACCCCCACCCCUGUGUCCAAGUAUACCAUGUCCACCACCACCCCUCUGUCCAAGUAUACCAUGUCCACCACCACCC